AUGUCGACACAUCAACGCCUUGGCGACGCCGCUUGGAGCAAGAUGACUAAAGUGAACGGUGAACUCUUCGCACUGACUUACGGCUCGCUCGUGACUCAACUCAUUAAGGAUUUCGAGGACCUCAAAGUCGUAAACCAGCAACUCGACAAAAUGGGCUACAAUAUCGGCGUGAGGCUAGUGGACGAGUUCCUGGCCAAAUCGGGCGUGACUAAUUGUCAAGACUUUAAGGAGACGGCAGAGGUGGUAGCUAAAGUAGCCUUUAAAAUGUUCUUAGGCAUCAAUGUGGAUGUAUCACAGUGGAACACGGAGGGCAAUGCAUGCAGUCUCCUUAUCUUUGACAAUCCACUCACUGAAUUUGUGGAGCUGCCACCAAGUGCCUAUGGAGUGCUAUGGUACUCGAACGUGCUGUGCGGUGUGCUGAGAGGAGCUCUUGAGAUGGUGCAGAUGCGUGUAGAGGCACAAUUUGUCAAGGAUGUGCUGCAGGGAGAUGAGGUGUCAGAAAUUAGAUUGGAGCUAAAGGGCAUGAUGGAAGAGGUCAUGGGCGACGAGUAUAAGGAAGACUAG